GACGUCUUCGUGACGACGCGCUCGGAUUUCCGGGCCCAGCUGCGGCGCUGCCAGCGGCUCCUGGAGGCGCCGGGACUCCGGGAGCUGCGGCUGCACGGGCUGGGCCUGGCUGUCCCGCGCACCAUCAACCUGGCGCUGCAGCUACAGGCGGCGGCGGCGCCCGGGCGCCUGCGGCUCCACGUGACGACGGCGUCGGUGCCGCUGCCGCCUGACGGCGACAGGCGGCGCGGGGCUGACGGCGCCGCCGCCCGGCACCACUCGGCCAUCCACAUCCGCGUGCGGCGCCUGGGCGCCGCCUGA